GAUAACGUAGCUGUAAUGGUGAAAGAAUUUUUGAAAUCGGCCCAGUAGUUCCUCUUAAUAAUAAUUACUAUAGAUAAGUUUCAAUAUUCGGCCGUUCAUAGACCUUUUUUAAUUUUUUUCAGAGGAUAGUUUAGAAGAAUGGGUACCACCAACUGCGAGGAACUACACGAGUAGUCCACGCAAGAUAAUAAUACCAGAAGGAUAUGAAUUCCAUCGCAUUAAACAUUCCAGUUUACUUCGGAACUCGGGAACUUCAGUGUUGCCAACUAAAUAUUACACCGCGGAGGUAUCAGGGAACACGGUAACAAUAAGUUUAAACUUCCCAACCUGGUCCAGUACUCAUGUAGGACCAUUCUUCGCCAGUUUUACGAAACCUGGAACGAAAAGGGAGAAAGUACUCAAGUUUUUAACUCUAUCCCCAAGUGGUAUGACUAUAACACCAAAAUCAAUAGAAUUGCUUCACGGACAACGUGUAAAUAGUACAGUGGUCCCUUUUAAAUGCAAUCGAUGUAGAUUGUUGAAUCUAAUGGUGCGCGCUUCUGACGGCAACGUGUAUAAUGUUGACAACUCUAGGCAUAGAGUAAAAGAGUUUAUAGACAGAGAGGGCAAACCACGACAGUUUCUCGAGAUCGAUCUGGAAGGUAUGAAGCCUCAGGACUUUGGUGAUUAUUUCCUCGUCAUCCAAAACGGAGAUGGUCUUGAAGAGAGAGUUAAGGGUCUCACUGUAUUAUCUCCAGGUAUAUUUUCAGCCAGUUUCGUGAGUGUUAAAGAAUAUUAUAAUAAGCACAGACUAUAUUGAUUUUCUUUUUUUU